CUUGGUGCUAUGCUUAAUAAAAAUCAAAGACUUUUUCUUGGACUGUUUGUGUUACUGUUAGUAGAUAUUAUAUGGGUUUCGUCAUCAGAGCUAACUAAAUAUAUAUAUCAUAACCAAGAGUAUGAAAAACCAUUUUUUUCUACAUACUUAAAAACAUCAUUGUUUACAUUCUAUUUAUUUGGUCUAUGCCUGUGGCCUCCAUGGAGAGACUAUUAUACAAAUGUAGAUCCCUAUAAAAGUCCUUCUUACUUAUUGGUUUCUGAACCACAUGAUGAUGAGAACUUUACAGUGGAAGACAAUUCUCCAACAAGUUUAGGAGAACCUGUAUUUGUUCCUGUUAAAACCCCUAAUAGAGAAACAUGUUCCGAAGAUAUGCAUCAAGCGGAUUGUACUUCCGACAGUGAUGAUGGAAGUAUUAGAAGUGUUAGAUUUAAUAAAUUAGCUGAGGUACGGCAAAUGCCUGAUAAUGGAGCAACAGAAGCAUUAUUGGCAAGAUUAUCUUACCACGCAAGUUUAAGGGCAAGCGAGGCUGCACGGCGGGCCGCAAAUCGUUUGCCCACACAAAGAAUAGCAAAAAUUGCUUUGUUAUUCUGCUUAUUGUGGUUUGCUGCUAAUUACACAUUUCAGCUGGCAUUAUCACAAACAGAAGCUGCUACGGUUACAGUUUUAUCUUCAACGUCAAGUUUAUUCACACUUGUUUUAGCUGCUUUAUUCCCUUCUAAUAUCGGAGAUAGAUUUACUAUAUCCAAAUUAAUUGCAGUUUGUUUAAGCAUCACAGGUGUUGCUUUAGUGACAUUUUCUGACAUACAAAUAGAUAAAAAAGUACCUACAGGUGUUGUAUUGGCUUUAGUCAGCGCACUAUUUUAUGCAGCCUAUCUUGUAUUUCUUAGACGCAAAGUUGACCAUGAAGAUAAAAUGGACAUUCCACUAUUUUUUGGUUUUGUAGGUUUAUUUAAUCUAGUUUUGUUAUGGCCAGCAUUAUUCAUAUUUCAUUAUAGCAACUUGGAAAUGUUUGAGUGGCCGACUAGACAACAAUGGUUAUUUUUAUUAGCAAAUGGUAUUGUGGGUACAGUACUUUCAGAAGUUUUAUGGCUGUGGGGUUGUUUUCUAACAUCUUCCUUAAUUGCAACAGUUGCGAUAUCUUUAACAAUACCAAUGUCGAUGCUGGCAGAUGUAUUACUAAAACGAGUAAACUAUUCAAUGAUGUUUUAUCUGGGAACUGUUCCGAUGCUUGUAGCAUUUUUUGCUGUAACAUUAUUAGCUCAUUAUGACAAUUGGGAUCCUGUGAUGGCUAUUAUUAAGAGACUGUACAAAUUUAUUUGUAAAAAAAGACAACAACUCAGGUACAAUAAAAUCAAGUCCUUUAUUGAUUUUGAUGAACAAACAGAAGCUUUAAUAGGAAUAAAUUCUGGAGAUCAUGAAGCAUAAAGUUUUAUUAAAAUUUUAUUCAAAUAUAAAUCUGUAGGUAUUGUACAUUUACUGUAAAUUUGUGAUGAUUUAUGAGAAGUAUUAAUUCAUUAAAUAGUAAAUUUUUGUAUAUAAAAUCCUAAAUAUU